UUCUGAUUCAAAUAAUUGUUCAAGCAUUGAUUGUAAAAAUGGCAGAUGUGACUGUAAUUUCUUCAAGCAUUGUUCGACCCCAAAACCUAAACCAAUCUUGUCGAACAAAAAUCCAUCCCACUCCAUUUGAUCUUAAGCUUCUUUACGUUGAUUAUCCUCAAAGAGGUCUUCUCUUUCACAAACCCGACCCGGAAACCCAUAUCAUCUCUCGGUUAAAGACAUCUCUUUCAACUGCUUUAGACAUCUACUUCCCCUUCUCCGGUCGUCUUGUCAAAGAGGAGAAUCUUGAAGAUAACACUGUGUCGUUUUACAUCGACUGUGACGAGCACGGCUCAUCUGGUGCUAAGUUCGUCCAUGCCGAAUCCAAAUCAUUGUCGGUGAGUGACAUUCUUCAGCUUCAUGGCUCUGUUCCAGAUUUCAUGAGUCAUUUCUUCCCAUCUGUCGACGUUAAAAGCAUCAACGGCCUCACGGAGCCCUUGCUUGCGCUGCAAGUCACCGAGGUAAAAGAUGGUGUUUUCAUCAGUUUCGGUUAUAAUCACAUGAUCGCUGAUGGAGCUUCCAUUCGGAGUUUCUUUAAUACUUGGUCCAAGAUAUGCUCUGAUGAUUCCGACAAUCAGAAGAACCACAACCCUCUUAAACUCAGAGGAUGGUUCCUUGACGGGAUCAGUUUCCCGAUACGUGUCCCAGCUUCAGAGACGGCGGUCCCUUCUCCAAGACAAGAAACUUCUUUGCGUCCCACUUCGAAUGAAAGAGUUUUUCACUUCACAAAAAGGAAUCUUUCAAAUCUCAAAGCCAAAGCCAACAAUGAAGCUGGCUCCAGUGACCUGAUUAUCUCGUCCUUACAAGCGCUUUCUGCACAUUUAUGGAGGUCCACAGUCAGACACAGUGGUAUGAGCCGAGAUGAAGAAACGCAUUGCAAAUUAACCGUUGAUAUGAGGCAGAGACUAAACCCUCCUCUUGAGAAAGAGUGCUUCGGAAACUUGAUCCUCCUGGGGGUAGCUACGGUCACGGUUGGGGAACUGCUGGAUAAUCAGAUGGGUUGGGCUGCUUUGCAAAUAAGUAAAAUGGUGCACUCGCAAACGGAUGAAAAGUUCAAAACUUUUGCAAAGAAUUGGGUCAGAGACGUAAAGAUACUAGAAAAAGGUUGUGGGAGUCCAAAGGUUUUUGAUUCUGUGGUUAUGUCAAGCUCUCCUUGGUUUGAUGUGUAUGGAAACGAUUUCGGUUGGGGUAAGCCGAUUGCAGCUAGAGCUGGACCCGGAAAUAGUAUGAGAGGCAAGCUUGUGCUUUUUCAGGGGAUUGAAGAAGGAAGUAUUGAUGUUCAUGCGACCUUAUGUUCUCAUGUGCUUGUGAAGUUAUUGGCUGAUGUUGAAUUUUUAGAGAAUGUGACCAUUACUUGAUUCUAAUUUGAUUUGAGAAAUAAAGCUUGUCUUUUUCCCAAAUGAAGCUUGUAAUUCGGUGUCUAGGAAAUGGCAAGUAAAGAUAGUAAAAUAAUUCGGUA